UAAGCCCGCUCCCCGCGGCCGCUCGGGGCCGCGUCGCCCUCGGAGCCCCGCCCUCACGCAGGCAGGGACGCCGCUGCGUGGCCGGCUGCGCGGCUGCCACAGGAGCGGGCACCACCGGCACAGCACAGGACCGGGUUUAACCAAAGGCACUGGGAGGAAGCAGUCGCGUAUGAGGCAUUAGAGUAUCAAAGAAAGGCUUCAACCAAACCUCAUGGAAGCUGGUCUCCUCCAGACACAUGGGUAAAGCAGGAAAUUCCCCCAUUCUGCUUUGAUGACUGGGCAUGACGGUGUGGGCCAAGCACAGGGUGUAGCCACAUCUGGCACAGAGCGCUGAAGUAAGCAGGAGCCUCGGCGCAGCGAGGCAUCCACAGCAGAGACGAUGGGAGAAGCAGAGGAGGAGCGGGAGAACGUGGCAAAGCUGUUUGAGAACUUUGUUCAGGCUCCGACCUGCAAGGGAGCCCUUCAGGCCUUCGGCGUCCUCUGCAGAACGCUGGACCUCGACCCCGCGGACCACGGCAGCUUCUACAGCAGCCUGAAGGCCAAGGUCACCUACUGGAAGGCCAAAGCCCUGUGGAGUAAGCUGGACAAGAGGAUGUGCCACAAGGAAUACAAAAACGGCCGCGCCUGUGCGGGCACCAAGUGCCUUAUCAUCGGCGGAGGCCCCUGUGGUCUGCGGACGGCCAUUGAACUGGCUUUGAUGGGCGCCAGAGUGGUGGUGAUUGAAAAGAGAGACUCCUUCUCCAGACACAAUGUGCUGCACCUCUGGCCCUUCACCAUCCAUGACCUCCGGAGUCUUGGGGCUAAAAAGUUCUACGGCAAAUUCUGUGCCGGGGCCAUCGACCACAUCAGCAUUCAGCAGCUGCAGCUGAUGCUCCUGAAGGUCGCCCUGAUUGUUGCCGUGGAGUUCCACAUCAACGUGGAGUUUGUCAACUUGCUGGAACCUCCUGUUGAGCAAGAUAACGAAGGGCCUGGGUGGAGAGCUGCAAUCCGACCUGCUGAUCAUCCUGUGGCUAAUUUUGAGUUUGACGUCGUGGUGGGGGCUGAUGGACGAAGGAAUACUUUGGAAGGUUUCAAGAGAAAGGAGUUCAGGGGUAAACUGGCAAUUGCCAUCACAGCUAACUUCAUCAAUAGAAACACCACAGCUGAGGCUAAAGUGGAAGAGAUCAGUGGCGUCGCUUUUAUCUUCAACCAGAAGUUCUUUCUGGACCUGAAAGAGGAGACAGGUAUUGACCUGGAGAACAUAGUCUACUACAAGGACAACACACAUUACUUUGUCAUGACCGCCAAGAAACAGAGCCUGCUGGACAAGGGGGUUGUCCUUAACGACUACAUAGACACCCAGAUGCUGCUGUGCAGUGAAAACGUCAACCAGGAAGCUCUUCUGUGCUACGCGCGCGAGGCUGCUGAUUUUGGCACCAACUACCAACUCCCCACGCUGGACUUUGCCAUGAACCACUGCGGCCAGCCAGACGUGGCGAUGUUUGACUUCACGAGCAUGCACGCCUCUGAGAACGCCGCCCUGGUCAGGGAGCGGUCGGGACACCAGCUCCUGGUAGCGCUGGUGGGCGACAGUCUGCUAGAGCCCUUCUGGCCAAUGGGGACGGGUUGUGCCCGAGGCUUCCUGGCGGCCUUCGACACAGCCUGGAUGGUAAAGAGCUGGGCCCAGGGUCGUCCGGUUCUGGAUGUGCUGGCAGAGAGAGAGAGUAUUUACAGGCUACUUCCUCAGACGACACCAGAAAACAUAGCAAAAAACUUUGAGCUGUACACCAUAGACCCUGGCACCCGAUACCCCAACCUUAACUCCUCCUGUGUCAGGCCUCACCAGGUUCGCCACCUUUACAUAAGUGGAGAGCUGAAACCCUGCUCUCUGGAGCGCGCUAUUUCCAUACGACGGCCUGUUAAUCUCUGCAGACAAGAGUCUGACAUCAGGCCUGCGAGACUUCUCACCUGGUGCCAGAAGCAGACCGAGGGCUACAGGAAUGUGACCAUCACCGACCUGGCGUCGUCUUGGCAGAGCGGCAUCGCCCUCUGCGCCCUAAUCCACAGGUUCAAACCCCAGCUGAUAGAUUUCGACGCAUUGAAUGAGGAAGACCAUUCUGCAAACCUCCAGCUGGCGUUUGACAUAAGCGAGCGAGAGUUUGGAAUCAGACCCUUCACGCCCAUGAAGGAGCUGGAUAAGACUGCAAUGAUCAACUUCCUGUCCAAGUUCUAUGAGCUGUUCCGUGGAACGCCUCUACCUGCGUCAGGUUCCAGAAGAGGAGAUGAAAACAACGAAGAUUAUCCACCUAAAGAGGUCCGGAGUAAUAAUGUGCUCAAUCUUGCAGUGCCCAGAAAACGGAUACCAAAGGAUGAAACGAGGUCGGACGAUGCAGACCCCAUCUACAAAAGGAGACGAAGGUUCUGCUGUUUAGAGGAGGCCACUAAUUUAUCCAGUAAUGGCUCCUUGGUGCAGGAAAGGACCGAUCCUAAGGAAAAUAAAGUGCGAUCGAUGGCUACUCGGUUACUGGCCAAAUUCGAAAGCACACCCAGCUACAUUCGGAAAACACAGUCAGACACUCAGUCCCUGCUGCAAGCCCUUGACCCGAGUGAGAGCCUACACGUUAACCUCAGGCCUCCACUCCCUCCUAAACCUCCUCCUGAGAUCCAGUUUGAAUUCAGGAUCAGAAAAGCAGAAGAACACUUAGUCCAUGUGCCACCAAAGACGCUGCCCAAACCCCAACCUCACCCUCAGCAUCCGUUUUCUGUAGUGAAGCUCAGACAUGUUGAUCAGACACAUGCUGAGGCAGAGCCCCAGCCUCAGUCUGAGAGCCCAGACCCCCCUCAUUCUGCCUCCUCCUGCCACUCAGCAGUCCAUUUCAUGUCAAGAGUCCUGCAGCGCCUCAGGGAGGUGGAUGAACACGUCUCUGAGAAAAGAGCUCAGGCACAGCAGACUAGAGAGUUUCACACAAAGAGUAUAAAGGAUAAAGCCGUUCACCUGAGCGAGUUGUUCUCAGGAGACAGCUCAGCUGUGCUCAAGGUCGGCUCUGUGCGACGGGCCUUCCCAUCGCCGGUUGACAAGUGCCAUUCCUGCGGGAGGCGUGUGUAUGUGGUGGAGAGGAUCAGUGCUGAGGGGCUCUUCUUCCACCGCGAGUGCUUCCGCUGUUCCACCUGCAGCUCCGCCCUGCAACAGGGAGCGCACGGGUUUGACUCUGAACACGGGAAAUUAUACUGCAAACUCCACUUAGAGCAGCGUAACAAUGGGAGGAACCAGCGGGGGAGUUUGUGUCCUUCCUCAAAGAGCCAUGGGCUUGAAGCUCAGGAACAUUGUGUUGCUGACAAAGACAGCUCCCGGUCCAGCAGCGCAGCAGAGCAGCAGAGUCCGCCUGCAGCAGGUACCUUCGCGUCUGUGAUGAGGAAGCGGCUGAGCUGGCCCCUAAAGCUGACUCGUGCUGUGUGUAACGCCCCCUGGUCUCUGUCCCAUCGCGUGUGCACUACAGCACAAGCUCUCACUGGCCACUUGAGGACCAACGUGCAGGACUAUGCAUUCCUCUACGAGCUGCUGAGCAUGAGUUUGCCUCUGCUGUUUGUUUUGCAAGAGGUGCUGCUGCAGAUGUACUCGGAGACGGUGCCUGACGGGCCCAGCUCCUUGCAGCCUGUGCUGCUGUGGCUGCAGGAGGAAAUCGGGCAGAGGCUCAUCUAGGACUCAGCGAAACCCAGCUGUUAAUGUUUAACACUGAAGAUUAGACCAAAAGCCAUUGAAUGCGUGGCUGGGCUGAGUAUUAGCUGAGCUGUUCCUCUCAUCAUAUCAUCAUAUCAUGUUGGGCUGUGCAGAGAUGACCUGCUGCUGCUGCUGAUGAUGACGACGACUGUCGUUUGCUUUUGCAGACGUCUGCCAUUUAGGCAGGAGACAGUUUGUCAGAAUAAAAGCUGCAAAAAAUAAUUUAGCCAUAUGUUUUUUAUUAUUUGUAUGGCACAGUACAGGGUUAAAACGGAUUAAAUGAGUGUUUCGUUAGUGGCUGAAAGGCAGAUUAAAGAAACGAUGCCACAGUUGCAUUAAAGAUGUGAGACUGCUGAAACGUAAAUGCUGUAGACUUUAUCUUUUACAUUUGACUGCCUUGGGAAAUGGACCCUGAUGUUAAUUGCAUUACUCAGGUUGUGACUAACUUGAUGCACUUUAAUUUGGGAACUGCCUUAUGGACGUAGCAGGAAACUGCCAGAACCGUGUUUUUCAUGUUUUUUUGACACAUGCCCUUUGAAUAUAUAUGUGUUUUACACAUAUGAUCAUGGAUGGACUCUGUUUUAUUUUGUACUCUGACUAGUAUGUUUACUUUGUUCAACUGGUAUCAUUUUUAUGAAUAACCAAAGAAUCUGGCACAGACGUUGAGGGUUUGGUUUUAGUUUGCUGCCAUCUACUGUCGAAUCUCAGAUACUAGCAUCAAGGCAAAUUGGAAAAAAAGCCGCUCAUUACAAAUAUUUACAUUGAGAGAAUUAAUUUCUAGAUCAUUUUGUGAUUGUAGACUGUAGCAGCUGGUGAGCGUGCUGUGCUGUGUUUGAAUGCGCCUGCCUCUCUUGCCAUAAUGUUAAAACAUGUUGGAAGAUGAACUCCCAAUGUCUUGGACUGGAAGCGAUACGGUUGCUCCCUGUUCACACACAGUAUCUAAUGUUGCUCAUGAAGCACUUUAGACCUGCAGAUCAUCUCUAUCUGCACAGUGACGUAAAAUAUUACAUCAGGUAUUAUCUGAAUUGUUUACAGCAUCAUCUGCUGGAUUUGCAAUGCAGGUUCGUGCUCUGUUACCUAAAGUUUCAUUCAUUUCAUUAAGUUAUUUAAUGAAGAGACUGUUUUGUAAUGAGCUACACUAAACUCCUGUUUUAUAGCAGUAAAUGUGGAAAGUUUCAGUGCUUGAGAAUUUUUUCAUGUGCACUGAAUGGAUUUGUGCAACAAAGGUUUUGUAUCUGUUGAACACGACAGCAGCUGUCAACACACACACCUUCAUAUGAAUGUCAGUAUUUCGCUUUGCUUCCAUAAACUGUUUCUACUUUGUG